AGCUUCAUCCUAAAGUGGCUCUAGCUAGCUUAAUUUGCUGGGCUUCUUGUGCUCCUGGCUAUUUUCUUGCUUUCAUGCCUGCCUUCAAAGGGAGCCAUGCGAGAUCAAGCCGCAACCUCCGUCAAGCCCUUAUUUUCACCCUCUCCCAGCCCUCGUUACGAUGCAUGCAUGUAGAUAAUUUGGGGUUUUAUCAGUUCGACCUAGGGCUUGCUUCGAGACUGGAAAAGAGUCCGGCAUGAACAGAUAGAUCUUCCUGCCGGUUCCGGCCGGCCUUCUCACUGGUGCUUUGGUGAUUUUUGCUGCAAGGAGAGGUUGGGAUUGUGUUUGGCACCAUGGGGAGGGGAAAGAUCGAGAUCAAGAGGAUUGAGAACACGACGAGCCGCCAGGUGACCUUCUGCAAGCGCAGGAACGGGCUGCUCAAGAAGGCCUAUGAGCUCUCCGUCCUAUGCGAAGCCGAGAUCGCCUUGAUCGUCUUCUCCAGCCGUGGACGUCUCUACGAAUAUGCUAGUAACAGCGCGAGAUCGACGAUCGACAGGUACAAGAAGGCAUGUGCUAGCGCAUCUGGCUCAGCUCCAGCUAUAGACGUCAAUUCUCAGCAAUACUUUCAGCAAGAAUCAGCAAAGCUGCGCCAUCAGAUACAGUCCCUGCAGAACGCAAACAGGAACCUGAUGGGCGAAUCCGUUGGCAAUUUGACCUUGAAGGAGCUCAAGAACCUCGAGAGCAGGCUCGAGAAGGGCAUCGGCCGUAUCCGAUCAAAGAAGCAUGAGCUGCUGUUCGCCGAGAUCGAAUACAUGCAGAAACUGGAGGCUGAUCUCCAGAGCGAGAACAUGUAUCUCAGAGCCAAGGUGGCGGACGUGGAACGGCUGGCCCUCGCGCCGGCGCCUACGCCGGCGCCGGUGUCGGGCGGGGCGGAGCUGGAGGCGCUCCCGACGUUCGACGCGAGGAGCUACUACCACCACCAGGUGACCAUGCUGCAGGAGGCCGCGGCGGCCUCCUCCUCGCGCUACUCCCAGCCGCAGGACCAGGCGAGGCUACGCCAGGAUCAGGACGCGGCGCCGGCGACCACCGCUCUCCACCUCGGCUACCAGAUGAGGGGGCCCAACUAAACUGAUCUACCCCGACUUGGCGGCUCAGCGCGCGUUCCGUCGUCGAUGCAUUCAUGUAUCCAGAUCUCUUCUAGAAGUUUACUGUGCGCGAUCGGUUCUAGACUUCAAGCUAGUAUAUAUUGCAUUAUUGCUACACCUAAAUAAUUACAUUUACAUAUUUCCUAGUACUGUAUGUGUGAUAUUGCUGCUGCAUAAGGCACCUAGUGAGUACGCGAGCGAAUGUUAUCAAUAGUGAUUUGGCUUUUUAUGUAUUUGAAGCAUAUAUGUACUGCUAUCUAUACGCAUUAUGGUGCUGGGUCAACUGAUCACAUGAAAUUUGGUACAACUUACAGUAAA